GGAAAGAACACGAAAGAGGGAGGAAAUUUAUCUGAACAAAAAUUUUACUCCAAUUCCAGGACACCUACCUUCCUACCUAUAUAAUCAUUUAUCGGCACCUGUUACUCCUUUUGAAAAUAUUGAGCCUGCACUUUCAUUGGACGUCACUAGAAGUGUCGCCACCUUCCCACAACUUCAGAUUCUGGAGAGGAAUGAGGAAGUCGAGGUCGAGGGCACCGUUGAGGAUCACGUUGGAUCAUACAUAGAACACGAAUUUCAAUUCUGACUAUUUAAUUUAUAUUUCAGUGAAAAUGAAUUCUUAGGUGAAUAAUAAUAAAUUUGUGUGAUGAAGUUAGACUGUGCGUCAACGUUUAUCAACCGAAGGUUCUGAUAAAAAUUCUCUUGUCGCUGAUUCUAACCUAAACAGUAAACAUGGUGAAAGAGCAAUACCGGGCUACUGAUGUUGCUCGAAAAAUCUCUCAUGUAUCAUUCGGCGUGGACAGUCGUCACAACAUUGAACGGCAGGCGCAUAUUCAUGUUGUGGCAAAGCCGUUGUACACUCAGGAUAAUCAUACUCCACUUCCCUAUGGAGUACUCGACAAACGAAUGGGUACUUGCUCAAAUGCAACACCCUGUGGCACUUGUGGGAAGAACCUCAGCGAGUGUAUUGGACACUUUGGGUACAUUGAUCUUGAAUUACCAGUCUUUCAUGUUGGCUAUUUUAGAUCAAUCAUUGGAAUUUUACAAACAAUUUGCAAGAAAUGUUCUCACGUAAUGCUACCGGAAAGAGACAAAAAACUUUACUUGAACCGGGUGGUGAACCCCAACUUGGGCUACUUAAACCGCAAAGCCCUUCGAAAGGUAAUUCUCGACAAAACCAAGAAAGUUACAAUCUGCCCUAACUGCAAAGACCUGAACGGCAUGGUAAAAAAAGCCGGUUUGCUGAAAAUCGUGCACGAGAAGUACCGCUCAAAAAAGAAGACCGACCCAAUCGUCGAACAAAAACUAGCCGAAUACUCUAAUGUGACGAAAGACAACAAAGAGGUGGAAUCAAUUCUUCAAGCUGGCCUAGUCAACGUCCUGAACCCCCUUGAGGUCCAAGGCAUCUUCGAGCGCAUCCCCCUGAACGAUAUUCCCCUCCUCCUCAUGAACCCUAACUGCGCCCUUCCCAAGGACCUAAUCCUCACUCGAAUUCCAGUUCCCCCCAUCUGCAUUCGCCCCAGCGUAGUCUCUGACUUGAAAGCAGGAACCAACGAGGACAAUCUCACCAUGAAGCUUUCAGAAAUUAUUUUUAUCAACAAUGUCAUUCAAAAACAUAGGCAAAGUGGUACGAAAGUACAAAUGUACAACGAAGACUGGGAAUUCUUACAGCUCCAUUGUGCCCUUUAUAUCAACAGUGAAAUGUCAGGGAUUCCUAUAAACAUGCAGCCCAAAAAAUCUCCAGGAAGAGGUCUAGUACAACGAUUGAAAGGUAAACAGGGGAGAUUUAGGGGGAACUUGUCAGGAAAACGAGUGGACUUCUCCUCUAGAACUGUCAUCUCCCCAGAUCCGAACUUGAGAAUUGAACAGGUUGGAGUUCCAAUUCACGUAGCAAAAAUCUUGACUUUCCCUGAACGAGUCAAUCCCUCGAACAUAGAGUUAAUGAGAAAAUUGGUUCAAAAUGGACCCGAUGUUCAUCCAGGUGCUAAUUUCGUACAGCAAGGACGAACACAAUUCAAGAAAUUCCUUCGAUACGGAAAUCGUCAGAAGAUCGCUCAGGAUUUGCAAUAUGGUGACAUUAUCGAGCGUCAUCUCCGAGACGACGACAUCGUCCUUUUUAACCGUCAACCUUCCCUCCAUAAAUUAUCAAUCAUGGCGCAUAAAGCAAAAGUACUAGAGCAUCGAACAUUCCGCUUUAACGAAUGUGUUUGUACUCCCUACAACGCAGAUUUCGACGGUGAUGAGAUGAAUCUUCAUCUCCCUCAAACCGAAGAAGCUCGCGCUGAAGCCCUAGUUCUCAUGGGAAAUAAAUCAAACCUUGUAACCCCACGAAAUGGUGAAUUGCUCAUCGCUGCAACUCAAGACUUCAUCACUGGGGGUUACUUAUUAACCCAAAAGGACACCUUUCUGAAUAAAUCACAGGCUUGCCAACUCGCUUCAUGUCUCCUCGCAGGUCCAGACUCUUCGAUGAAUAUCGACCUUCCCUCUCCAGCCAUUAUGAAACCCCAACAACUCUGGACAGGAAAACAGAUUUUUAGUUUAAUCCUACGACCAAACUCUUCCUGCCAAAUCCUUGCUAAUCUCAAAACUAAAGGAAGGGCUUACACUUAUGAUGAAGAACUCUGUAUGAAUGAUUCUUACGUAAUUAUCAGGAACUCUGAGCUUCUUGCAGGAGCGAUGGAUAAGUCAACCCUAGGCUCUGGCGCGAAACAGAAUAUCUUUUACGUUCUUUUAAGAGACUGGGGUGAGGAUGCUUCAACCAUUGCAAUGUGGCGAUUAGCGAGAAUGGCCAGUUACUUUUUGAUGAAUCGAGGCUUUUCUAUUGGAAUUGGAGAUGUUACCCCUGGCCAAGGACUGCUUAGGGCUAAAUACGAACUGCUGAGUGCUGGAUAUGGUAAGUGCACUCAAUACAUCAAGCAAAUGGAAGAUGGCCGUCUUCCUUGCCAGCCUGGUUUAUCAGCAGAGGAGAGUCUCGAAGCCGUAAUUCUCAAGGAACUCUCAGUAAUCAGAGAUCACGCUGGAAAGGCUUGCUUGAAAGAGCUCCACCAUAGUAACUCGCCAUUAGUGAUGGCAUUAUCCGGAAGUAAAGGAUCCUUCAUCAAUAUCUCCCAGAUGAUCGCUUGUGUCGGCCAACAAGCCAUCAGUGGACACCGUGUCCCAAAUGGCUUUGAAGACCGAGCUCUACCCCACUUUGAGAGACAUUCAAAGGUUCCUGCAGCCAAGGGAUUCGUCGAGAACUCUUUUUACUCUGGACUCACACCCACUGAGUUCUUCUUCCACACAAUGGGAGGACGAGAGGGGCUGGUUGACACAGCUGUCAAGACAGCUGAGACUGGGUACAUGCAGCGAAGAUUGGUCAAGAGUCUGGAGGAUCUCUGUCUGCAUUAUGAUAUGACUGUUAGGAACUCCACCGGAGAUAUUGUUCAGAUUCUUUACGGAGGAGAUGCUCUAGAUCCUACUUACAUGGAGGGAAAGGACUGUCCUGUUGAUUACAAACGAGUUCUUGAUCAUGUUCGAGCCAAAUCCCCAUGCAAGGAUGAAGAUUCACUUGAUGGGCCUAGUGUUAUCAAAGCAACCGUUCAGCUGUUGAAUACCGAAGAGUUCUCUUGUCUAUCUGAAGAGUUUAAGAACGAGUUGAUUAUGUUCCUGAAAGGGGUUUCAAGAAGUAUCACGAGGUUUAGAAUGCUUUACAAUCCUAAAAUCAAGGUUAACCAGCAAUUGGAGAGGCUGACAGUGUCACAGUUGGUGGAGUUUAUUCAUACAUGCAAGGAGAAAUUCAUGAGGGCGAAGAUUGAGCCAGGAACUGCAGUGGGGGCGCUGGCAGCCCAAAGCAUUGGAGAACCCGGAACCCAGAUGACCCUCAAGACUUUUCACUUUGCUGGAGUCGCGAGUAUGAAUAUUACACAGGGAGUGCCGAGAAUUAAAGAAAUUAUUAAUGCCAAUCAUAAGAUUAGUACUCCCAUCAUUACCGCUGCUUUGGAGAAUGAAAGUGACGCUGAAUUCGCGAGGAGGGUCAAGGGGAGGAUUGAGAAGACGACGCUAGGGGAGGUAACGGAGUAUAUAGAGGAGGUUUACCUGCCCGACGAUUGCUUUUUACUUAUUAAACUGGAUAUUGAUAGGAUCAAGUUGUUGAAGCUGGAGGUUGAUGCCAACUCGAUUCGAUAUGCGCUAUGUACCUCGAAGCUGAAACUCAAUCCUAAACAUGUGAAUGUCAGAGGGGAGUCUAUACUGACGAUCAAUCCUAGUAGUCAGAAGCAUAGUCUGAAUCAUGCGCUCAUGUUGCUGAAAGAGUCUGUGCCCAAUGUUGUUAUUAAAGGAUUGGCUACUGUGGCCAGGGCGGUUAUUCAUAAUGAUGAUUCAAGUGGAAAGACAGAGUAUAAAGUUUAUGUGGAGGGGGAUAACAUGAGGGAAGUCAUGGCGACCAGGGGUGUACUAGGUUGUAAAACUACGUCGAAUAAUACUGUAGAGGUUUUCAAGACACUGGGGAUCGAGGCAGCUCGUGCCACUAUCAUGACUGAAAUUAAAAAAGUGAUGGAGGGCCAUGGAAUGAGUAUUGAUCGUCGCCAUCCAAUGCUCGUUGCAGAUCUUAUGACCAGUCGAGGAGAAGUUCUUGGAAUCACAAGGCAGGGCCUUGCGAAAAUGAAAGAGUCUAUCCUCAACUUAGCCUCAUUUGAAAAAACGGCUGAUCAUUUAUUCGAUGCCGCGUACUAUGGCCAAACAGACGCAAUCUGCGGUGUCUCGGAGUCCAUCAUCAUGGGAAUUCCCGUACCAGUGGGAACUGGAAUAUUCAAACUACUCCAUAAAUCUGAAAGGAGUGAAUUGAAGAAACACGAACUGAUUUUCGAUGACCCCCAGUUUCACACUAGUGUUACAACGUAGCGUUAACUGUAUUUUAGGAAUUUGUUAAUUAAUUAAUUCAUUGAACUACUGAAGCUAUGUAAUAUAUAAAAGAUUUUGUAUCAAAUCCUGUCGAGAUUUUUCGCUUUU